AUGCCAGACAUUCACUUGUUCCUCCUUAUUCACGGCCUGUGGGGCCGCCCCGUCCACUUGGCAGAGGCCAAAGCCGAACUCGAAGCGGCAUGGAACCGCCCCACCCCACCCACUUCGCCCAGCCGUUCGGGGACGCCGUGCGCUUCUCCCUCUCUCUCGGACGACAGUGACAGCACAAUGGUCGACAGCUUCGCCUUCACCGCGCGAGACGAUCUCGUUGUCGUCGUGGCACAGGGCAUGACCGCCAAAUUGACGUACGACGGCGUGGACGUGUGCGCAAGCCGCGUCGCGUGGGAGGUGGACCAGCACAUUGCCGCGCUCGAAGCCGACGGUCGCCAUGUCGCCCGCAUCAGCAUCCUCGGAUACUCGCUUGGUGGCCUCGUUGCUCGGUACCUCGUCGGUCUGCUUGCGGCGCGUACGCCCAACUUCUUCGACAAGAUCACGCCCGUGUCAUUUACGACGAUCGCGACGCCCCAUCUAGGCGUGCCCCGCUACAAUACCCUGCUUUCCAACGUUGUUGGAUGGCUUGGAGCACGUCUACUAUCCCGCUCUGGCGAGCAGGUGCACCUCGUCGACAGAUAUUCGGGGGCGGACCGGCGUCCGCUUCUCGAAGUCAUGGCCGAUCCCAAGUACGUGUGGCACCAGGCCCUCUCUCGCUUCGCACAGGUACACAUCUAUGCCAACAUUGUCAACGACAAUACGGUUCCGUAUCCCAGUGCGGCCAUCGAACCCAUCGACCCCUUCGUGCAGUGGGUCGAGCGCGGGCUCGAAGUCACGGCGCACCACGCCAUCGCGUCCACUUGGAAGUUUCCCAACCCCGGUUCCCCGCGCCGCAAGGUUCGCUUCCAUCUGGGCAACCUUCCGCCCACACUCCGCUUCCGCUGGCCGUACAGUUGGGUUAUUCUUGCCCUGUUCCCCGUCUUCCUUCCGCUCAUUGCGCUGUUCGUCUUCAGCCGCUUCAGCCUCGACACUCUUCGCUCUCGCCUCCGCCUGCAGCGCCUCGCACGCAGCUACGCCAACACUAAUCUGCCUUCCGACGGCGAGGCUGCGCUCAUCCCUUCUCCCCACGGACAGAGCAUCGACGGCCUCCGUGCAGCGAUCCGCGUGGUCGAGCGCUCCCUCGAGCAGGACCUUAUGGACGCUGCCGACCAUGCCGAUACCGGUCCCUCACCUCCCGAGGUCGAGCCCGACAGCCCUACUUACCCCGAACCGACAAUCAAGGCGCUUCUGACCGAUCGCCAGCUCCUCAUGAUCCACUGGUUGAACCAACUUGCUCCACGGCGCCACCUCGCGUGGUUCCCCGACGUCGCCAACGCGCAUGCUGUCAUCGUUGUUCGCGACCCUGCCAAGUUUGCUGUCCACGAGCGUGGUCGUAGCAUCCUCCAGCACUGGGCGCGCCUCGCCGUUCGUGCAGCUGAGGAGGUCGACACUGUUAAGUAUUAA